UCGACCCGCCCAGCACGACAUUGGACUCGCCGCGUUUGAGUCUCCUCAGCGCCCGUAGUUCCUGAACUUUGACCGCUCUUCAGGACUGGCCAGAGGCCAGCACGCAUGCGUAGUUCCUCUGAAUGGGGUGCCUCCUUCUCCUGGCGGCGGCGGCAGGCGCGGUGGCCGUGGUCCUGGCCCUGCGGCUGUGGCUCGUGCUUCACUCACGGGUCGUCGUACCCCGGGAGUCUCUCAGCCUUAUGGCGGUGGCCGGGUCCGGUGGGCACACCACUGAGCUGCUGAGGCUGCUGGAGCACCUGUCCAGUGCUUACUCUCCUAGACACUACGUCAUCGCAGACACCGAUGAAAUCAGUGCCCGGAAGAUAAAUGCUUUCGAACUCAGUCGAGCUGAUAGAGACCCGGGUAGCAUGUCUCCCGGACACUACAUCCACCGCAUCCCCAGGAGCCGCGAGGUCCAGCAGUCCUGGCUGUCCACCGUGCUCACCACCCUCCACUCAGCCUGCCUCUCCUUCCCCCUGACCUACCGCCUGAAGCCAGAUCUGGUGCUGUGUAACGGGCCAGGGACCUGCGUUCCUGUCUGUGUGUCCGCCCUCCUCCUGGGGGUCCUGGGGAUAAAGCGAGUGACUAUCGUCUACGUGGAGAGCAUCUGCCGGGUGGAGCACCUGUCGCUGUCUGGGAAGAUCCUGCACCAUUUCUGCGAUUACUUCGUGGUGCAGUGGCCGACCCUGAAGCAGAAGUACCCCAAGUCCGUGUACCUGGGGCGGAUCGUGUGACGAGGGCGGGCUCACUUCUGUGCAGCUCUGACGUCCGCAGUAUUUAUUACACAUGGGGAGGAAGCUGCAUGUUUACUGUAAACCCUCCUGAGGGGCCUGAGAGUUGCUGGUCGUCAGCGUAAACACGUGUAACCAGCGCAGGUUUAAGGUUUCUCUAAAAACAAACGUUAAUAACCCGUUAAGUGCUUGCACCUCUGCCAGGCACCGGAUUUCUCCUCUACACUAAAGUCUGUCACCGCCUGCAGGUUACCUUCUCACUUGCUUUAGUCAUACUUUUUGUAGAACUAAGUAGAGAGCCUGUAUGUAAAAGUUCCUCUUCUACAGCUUUUUUUUAACCAGUAUUCUGCGUCGAGAGAAGAAAAGAGAAAGGAAGGCGUUUCUCCGUCUUCGCUCGGCUCCCGCGGCUUUGUUUCCUGCACGGAAGCCGAGGUCCCCGGGGAGCCCGGCCGGCUAGAGGACGCGGGUCUGUGAAGCUCGCUUCCUGUCAGUUUCCUUCCACAGGCUCCAGAACCUGGGCACAGACCCCGGUCUCCUUUUGUUCUUCAGUUUUGCUAUGUGGGGAUUUGGCCUCAACCCCGAAGAUCUUUUGAACUCUCUCCUUUAGUUGCUAGAAUAAAUUAGAAGGGGACCAUUGCCAUAGUAAUAAAACAUGGUUCUGUUUACCGGGAA